UUCAGGAACGACAGAAAAGCUACAUCAGAAAUUUAUACAGAAAUAAUCCUAGAUUUCAGGAACGACAGAAAAGCUACAUGAGAAAUUUAUACAGAAAUAAUCCAACAUUUAGACAGAGACAGAGGUCUUAUAAGACUGAGCUUUAUGCAAAAAACAGAGAAUUCAGGCUCAGACACAAAGAACUGAUGAAAUCCCUAAUGAGAGACAAAUACAAUAAAGACAGUUCAUUCAGGAUGCUGCAAAAGAACAGAUGUGCACUGAAUGUAAAAAGAAAAUACAGACAGAUGAAAAGAUUUCCUCAGAGAGAAACGGAGAAUCUUGAAACAUGUGUUGCACAAACUAAUACGCCAGAGAACAGACUGAUUAAUGAAGCCAUUUCAGUUUUCAGAUUAAAUAUAAAGGCUGGUCCUACUUAUGUGUGCACUGUGUGUCACAAGUCCUCGUUUCCCAACCAAGUAGAACUCUGUAAAAGGUCAAAUUAUGUAAAGAAACCAGAUGUGGUUGAACAGUGUCUAACAGGCAAGUAUGUCCAUGUUUGCGAUGAAAGCUGCACGGAUAGACAGUGUACAGUACCUCAUGAGAGAAGUCAAGAGUGGAUUUGUCACACCUGCCACAGACAUCUAAAGAAAGGAUACAUGCCACCACUAGCAGCAGCAAACAAACUUGACUUGGCAGAAAUUCCCAGUGAACUGUCAGAUUUGAAUAUUCUGGAAAGACACCUGAUUGCUAAGUGCAUACCUUUCGCAAAGAUCAUUCCUCUUCCAAAAGGYAGACAAAGAUUAAUAAGGGGCAAUUUUGUGUGUGUACCAUCAGAGCUCCAAGAGACAGUCAAUGCCUUGCCCAGGCUUCGGAGCGAGUCACAAGUGAUGAGAGUAAAAUUGAAGCGACGUUUGUCCUACAGAGGUCAUCAGCUUUUUCAAACAGUAACCUGGUCUAAACUAAUCUCUGCAUUAUUAAAACUUAAGCAGAUUCAUCCAGAGUAUCGGGAGAUAGAUAUUAGACAUGAAGCUGAGCUUUGUGACCCUACACUUCCUGAUGAUGAUGAUGAUGAUGACGAUGACGAUGGCAAUAGUGAUGUAAGUAUGGAUGAGGAUGACUAUGAUGAAGCAGAUCUCAUGGAAAUUGAUGAGUAUGAGAAAAAUGCUUUAUGUGAGGCUGAAAAUGAUCAGGACAGUGAUUGUGAACAACUCCAGCCACAGAUGAAUGAUGGAGAAGAAGGUGAUUUGCCAAAUGGAGGAUUCGCUAUAGAAUCAUGCCUUCAGCCUCCUGACAUAUCAGAAGAGAUACUUUGUUUCUCUGAAAGUACAUACUGCUUGGCGCCGGCACAAUCAAAUUCACCCGUCAGCUUUUUUAAGACCCCAAAUUUGGAAUCCAUGAGCUUCCCGGUACAAUUUCCAACAUCAGAGAACACUUUGGACACAAGGAGACUCAUUAAAGUGACACCAAGUGGAUAUUUCAAGUCACGGCUAUUUCAUGUUGAUAAUCGCUUUGCCAGAGACCCAACAUACUUGUUUUUUGCACAGUUUGUGACAGAGAUACACUUGGCUAACAACAGCAUGACGAUUCAGCUACRAAAAGGAAAGACCAGAACCAGAGAUGGUCGCAGAAUAACCUCAGGUAUGUUGCAGGACAAACGAGAGGUUGAGAAACUGGUGAGAAAUAAAGACGCGUUGAGAUUUAUGCAACCGCUGAGAGGAACUCCAGCAUACUGACACCGAACAACAAACGACUUGUUCAGUAUAAUUCGUCAACUUGGCACCCCCUGUUUUUUUGUCACGUUUUCAGCUGCGGAGUUCAGAUGGCCUGAAAUCAUUCAAUCCAUAAAGAGGCAACAAGGUGAGGAAAUUGAUGUUGACGCUCUUGACUGGACCGCCAAGUCUGAGAUUCUGCGAUCCAAUCCUGUCACCUGCAUGCAUUUAUUCGAUAAACGAGUUGAGGCACUUUUCAGAGAUUUGCUGCUGUGAGAUGCUCAGCCUUUGGGAAAAGUGAUUGACUAUUUUUACAGAGUUGAGUUUCAGCACAGAGGAAGUCCACACAUCCAUGUGAUGCUAUGGGUUGAAGGAGCUCCACAGCUGGAUGAGUCAGACGAUAAAACAGUGUGUAAUUUUGUUGAUAAAUACAUCUCGGCACAGCUUCCUGAUCCAGACAGAGAACCAGAACUAUAUCGGAAAGUUUCUGAAGUUCAGAGGCACAGUAAGAAACACACCAGGUCUUGUUUCAAGAGUGUGAACUCUGGUUGUCAAUUUGGUUUUCCAAAGCCCCCCUGCAGAAACACAAUGAUCUCCAGACCAGGUGAGAAUAAUGAUACUGAAACUGCUAAAGCCAAACUCAGACCUUUGAUGCAGCUCUUGAAUUAACCUGAAGUCGCUUCCAUGAGUUUAGAGCAGAUUCUUUCUCAGUGUCACUUGACACUAGAAGAGUAUGAAUCUUGUCUUCAGACCAUGAACAAAAAGACUGGCAUCUACUUGAAGCGUGGUCCCAAAGAUUGCUGGAUAAAUGCUUACAAUCCACAUCUGCUUAAAGCUUGGGACAGUAACAUCGAUGUGUCUUUUAUACCAAAUGCCUACUCAUGCAUACAGUAUCUAACAAAAUACAUCACAAAGAAAGAAAGUGGACUGUCAGRGUACCUGAAAACAGUGAUUGACAAUUCAAACAUGGACUGAGUCAAUGAGUGUGAUGAAAUGAAAGCGAUCAUGCAAGCGUACUCUAAAAAGCGAGAAAUUAGUGCUCAGGAGUGUGUUGCUCGWGCCUGUGGAUUAAAGAUGAAAAACUGUUCCCGCAGUGUUGUGUUCAUACCCACAGACGAUAAUCCUGUAAAGAUGAGUCGGCCACUGUCUUUCUUGGAGGAUAUUCCAUCGGAUUCCUGCAAUAUAUGGAUGACCAGUUUGACGGAURAGUACAAAGCAAGGCCUGAAAUACCAGAAUAUGAGGAAAUGUGUUUGGCUGAUUUCGCUGCUACCUGCAGGUUUGUAAGUUCAGAGAAGGCAAGCACUAAUGGUGUUUUACCACUUUUAAAUCAGCUGGGAUUUGUAACAAGGCGAAAAAAUKACAAGCCCUCCGUCAUCCGCUACUAUCAUUGUUCUAAAGAGAAGGAACCGGAGCAGUUUUAUGCCAGAUUAYUGAGACUGUAMCUUCCUCAUYRGUCAGAGUUUGAAAUUCGAAGCGUCAGUCUUCCUACCUACGARUCCUUUUACUCMUCUGGCUGUGUCCGCCUACCAGGUUCAGACCUCCUUGAAACCGUCAAAAGUGUUGUCAAGAGAAACAGAGACAAAUAUGAGAAAAACAGUGAGGAGAUUGAGAGUGCCCUUGAAGAGUUUGAGGAAAGCAGAGACCAUGUGAUUGAUGAGUGGUGUAAUCUUGC